UGCUCCAGUAAAUUAUUACUAUGUAAAAGAAAAGCAAACAAACAAACAUACUGCGAAUUUGUUAUUGCAGUCGCCCCAACAAGUCAAUUAACCAACAAGUGGAGUAACCAGCAGUUAAGCAGCAAAAAGUGAAACGUACACAAAACGUGUGACACGCAGAAAAAGUGAAGUGCAGAAAAAAGCCCACGCACGCGAGGGUGUUCCCUGUUCCCGGGUUCCCCGUAUCCCCGUAUCCCCGGUUUCCCUGAUAAUUAGUGCGCCACGCCACGCCACACAAAAGUCACGUGACAAAUGGGGGGCAAACGAUAGAGAGAAACGAUCCAUCCACGCAACAGAAGAAGAAGUUACUUCCUUCCGGGAAACAGACACCACCGCCAUGUCGCUGCGAAGCAACAAGUUGCAGAGCCAACAGUCGACGGCCAGCAAUGGGAGUGGCAACAGCAGCGGGAGUGGCAGCGGCGGCACGGGACAACAGCUGCAACAUCCCCCGAUGGCCUACCAGCAGCAGCAGCAACAACUGCUCGCCCAGCUGCAGCAGCAGCACAAGUUCCAGGCCCAAAUGGGUAGCAACACCAGUCGCAACAAUCUGGCCACACUGGUGGCGGCCAUCAAUGGAUCGCACGAUCCAACGGCCGGGUCGCCGGGCGGCGGAGUCGGCUAUCAACUGUCGCCGGCGGCCGCCUCUCGGGUGGCCCAUGCGCCGCCACACUCGCCCCUGGGCCCGCCCUCGUACAGUGCCGCCACCGCUCAGUCGGCCUUCACCUACUACGGCCAGCAUCCCGGAUCCCAGCACCAGAUGCACCACUCCUCGUACCACCCCCAGCAGCAACAACACCAACAGCAGCAGCAGCAGCAGCAGCAGCAGUCGCUGCCACCGCCCGAUCUCACGGAUGGCAUCGAUCACCCCGGAUCCCAUGGAUCUCCGCCGGAUUCGCCCAGUGCCGCAGCAGCGGCGGAUCUCGAGCAGCAGCUGUGCGUCGUGGCCAAGAUGCAAAAGUCGGUGACCAUCACGGUGACGCCGCAGCGUAGCAACUCCAUGGAUUUCCUCAACUUUGAGGAGAAGCGCCAGCUGAUCGCCUCCUCGCUCUCCCUCUCCGACAUUCUGCACAGCAACAGCGGAGCCAACCAGCAGGCCAAGGAGGCGGCGGCGGCGGCAGCGGCGGGGCUGGCGAUCAAUGGGAGUCAGUGUGCUAAGAAACAGAAUGGAGCUGCCAUACGCACAAACAGCCUCGGAUCGGGCACCCGCACUCCGCCCCUGGAGCGGAAGAGCAAAUUUAGCGCCCUGGGACGCUUCUUCAAGCCCUGGAAGUGGCGGCGGAAAAAGAAGAGCGAAAAGUUCGAAGCGGCCUCCAAAUCUUUGGAGCGCAAGAUUUCUGUACGUGCCAAUCGGGAUGAGCUGGUGCAAAAGGGGAUACUGCUGCCGGAGAGUCCGCUGGGGAAUAUACCGGAACCGGGCGAGGAGUCGUACUACAACAAUGGAGGAGGAGGAGGAGGUGGAGCCACCGCCAAUGGCUCUUUACUCAGCACAGCCGUCCACAACAAUUCCAUGAAUCAGGCCAAUAAUUCCAUAAAUGCCACCACCUAUGGCACGGCAGGGAAUCCCCUAAUUUCCGCCAGCCAACAGCAACAACAACAACAACAGCAGCAACAGCAGCAUGGUCUUCCCAAUUCGAUUUCCGUGCAACAGUUCAACGGAGGUGCCGGCGGCCAGCCACAGAAUUCCAUGGCCAAUGGCUGCCUUAUUGGUGGUGGUGGUGGCGGAGGAGGUGCCGGAGGGGAUGGCUCUUCGGACACAUCCUCAUUGAGUGGCGGCGUGCCCCAUUCACAGUCGGCGCCACAGCAAUUGGGCGUGGGCCAGCAGCAGCAGCAGCCGCCGCCAUUGACACCGCUGGCGCAGCAUCAUCAGGCGCUGGCACAGCAGCUGCAGCAGCGAUUCGCCAUCAGCAAUAAUAAUGAACCAAGAAAAGACAAGACUGAUGCACAACAACAACAACAACAACAGCAACAUGGUGGCAACGGCACAUUAUCCACGCCCAACAUCGAGCAGCCGCAAUGUCAGGGUUCCAUGCUACCGCCACCCGGCGGCGGCGGCGGAGGAGGAGGCGGUGGCGGCCAUCACCAGGUGGAUGGAAAAAUGGAGAGGCCCAACACAUUGGGCGGCGCCAAUAAGCUGACCCGCCGAGGAGUCAAUAUUUGCUACCACAACGAGCACAUGUAUGGCGACGAUGGCGGCAAGAUGGUAGGCGGUCCGCCGGGCAGCACACCGCCGCCGUAUGCGGGCGGCAAGCUGCCACCGGGGGUGAUGCUCAGCGAACUGCCAGAGCCGCCGAUACCGCUGUCGGAGAUCGGACCGAUCCCACCGCCGCCAAUGUUCUCCACGCCGAGCCCCACGCUCAUCGCUGGACGACCGCACGGGCCAGGCGCCAUACACGAUCAGGACUACCAGCAGGACUAUGACUAUGAUGAUCACGAUCCCGAUCAGGACGAACUCGAUUCGGACGACGAGUAUGCCCCAUACGGCGGUGGCGGUGCCGGCGGCAAUCAUGUCCGCAUGAUGGACACCCAACGCGUUGAGGAAAUUCCAGCCAAAGAGCCAAAGCCAAAUGCAGUUCCUCUCAAAUCGGCCCUGAAGAAGAAGGGCGGCGCCCUGCCAGCCUCCGCCUCUACGCCCGUGACCCCCACCCAGGAGCACCAUCAUGGGGGCGGACCAGGCGGCGGCGGCGGCGGCGGCGGUGGCGGUGGCCAAAGUGCAGCCACAGCGGCGGCCAUAUCCAAUAGCAAUGGCGGCAUCGGCUCCAUGGCAGCAGCCGCCGCAGCAGCGGCCCAACAAUCGGCCAGCCAGCGGCCUCUGGUGGUGCGCCAGGAUGCGGCAGGGAAUAACUAUUCGCUCAAGCCAAUACUACGACCACGGAUUAGAAUAUGCAGGCAGCAAAUGUUCAACAUCCAGUUGCCGUGCACCGUGGAGAACAAGGAGAACACUCGGCCCUCACAUGUGAUACGGGAGAGCAGCAGCGACAGCGACGAGAGCGAUGGGCAUAUCGUCUAUCGCGACGACGAUAACGAUAACGUGCGCUUGGCCAAGCUGGCACGCAAGGAGUCGCUGUCCUUGAAGCUGCAACUGCGGCCGGACAAACAGGAUCUGAUCAAUCGCAACAUCCUGCACCAGGUCACCGACAACGAGAUCAAGGAGUCCAAGGAGGCGAUCGGAGCGCGUCUCAUACGACGGCUUUCGAUGCGGCCCACUGCCGAAGAGCUGGUCGAGCGUAAUAUCUUGAAAACUCAAUCACCCGCCGAGGAGAAGAAACAAAAGGAGGAGAAAAAGUCGUAUCUGUUGCGGAAGCUCAGUUUUCGGCCCACCGUCGAGGAGCUCAAGGAGAAGAAGAUCAUCCGGUUCAAUGACUACAUCGAGGUGACGCAGGCCCACGACUACGAUCGCCGGGCGGACAAGCCAUGGACAAGACUGACGCCAAAGGACAAGGCCGCCAUACGCAAGGAGCUGAACGAGUUCAAGUCCUCCGAAAUGGCCGUCCACGAGGGCAGUCGGCAUUUGACGAGAUUCCAUAGGCCAUGACGAUUGCAAUGGCAGCAACUUUCCAGCAAAUUGCAACAGAAGCAACCCAAGAAGAAGCAACAAUUGUAUUUUAUGCAACAUCAAAAUGUCAGCAAAUAUUUAAAGGCAACAAAUUAAGAGCAGAAAACAGUUUUCCUCCCAGAUAGUAAAUUCAAGUAAAAUACACAAAGAAAAAACCAACAAAAAAAAACAAAAAAAAAAUGGAAAGAAAAGAAAAGAGAAGAGAAAUGAAAGAGAGUCCACAUUCAAGAACAUAAUCUAGGUUUGAGAGUUUUUUUUUUCUAAUUCUAAGUUCUUUAUGUUUUGUUCCACCCACUUCUCUAUUUCUCUAUUUGUUAAUUAAAUUAAUUGUAAAUAAAUUUCGUUCGAUAUAUUCAAUCCGAUUUGUCAAGAAAACGUUAAUCAAAAUAGUACCGAUUCGUCGAUUCGUUGUGUAGAAAAAUGUUAAGUCGCUUUUGUCAGCGCCCAACCAUCGCGCUGAAGGCACAUUAUGUAUUAUAUUAUAUAAACAAACAAUAAAAACAAAAACGAGAAGAGGAAGAAGAA